UAUAGAUCGGUACCACUAUAUACUAGCAUUCUCUCUAUAAAACUUUCCGCAGAGAUUCACUACAUGGCUCCUCGACCCGACUUCUCCCAAAAGCCCUCAGGGCGACUCUACUUCCUCGAUGUCGGCAUCACAACUCCAGAGAUCAACGGGCGUCUCCUAACCUGCAAGCCCGAUGGGUCCGAUCUCCGCGAACUGAUCACCCAUAUCAACACCAUGCCGGACGGUAUCGCCAUCGACACGGACCGCCAACAUAUUUACUGGACAAACAUGGGGGUUCCAUCUGCAGACGACGGGUCUAUCCAGCGCUGCGAUUUGUCCGGAAACAACAUCGUGACCAUCAUUCCCAAGGGAUACACGCACACUCCGAAGCAGUUGACCAUUGCCUCACAGUCCCAGAAGCUGUACUGGUCCGAUCGCGAAGGCAAAAGGGUCAUGCGGGCGAGUCUGGACGGGAGUGAGAUCGAGGUGCUGUAUCGAGCUGCUUCGAGUGACGACACUGGUAGACCGCCUGUUUACGACUGGUGCGUGGGCAUCGCGGUGGACGAGGAAUCUCAGAAAAUCUACUGGACACAGAAAGGACCAUCGAAAGGGAACCAGGGCCGGAUCUUUCGCAUGGGGCUUGAGAUGAGACAGGGGGAGUCGGCGGAGAGGAGGACAGAUGUUGAGUGUCUUAGGGAUGGUCUUCCAGAGCCCAUUGACUUGGAGUUGAACCACGCUUCGCGCACGCUCUAUUGGACGGAUCGAGGAGAUCCGCCGCGCGGUAACACGGUCAAUUCGAUGAGUCUUGUAGAUGGGCUUGAGAGCAAACUGGAGUCGAAGAUUCUGGUGCGUAAGCUUCAUGAAGGGAUUGGGAUUGCUUUGGACUUGAAGAAUGGUCGCAUGUUCUUCGCGGAUCUGGGCGGUUCGUUAUACAGUGCUAACCUGGACGGGUCAUGCAAAAGUACCAUCUUGUCUGAUGUUGGGGGGGCCAUCACUGGGGUGGCGUAUGUUGAAGAAUAGAGGAGUAUACCC